AUGGCCUCAAGAAUUCUUCUCAGAUCAGCUGGCGCUCUGCGGCCCGCCGUCACCACAAUGCCUACUCUCCAGAGAGGCUUCGCUGUGUCCUCGUCUCGCCAGUUAAAGGAGUCCGCGGAGACCAAAGAUUACGACAAGCACAAGCAAGACUCCCUGGCCAAGCAAAAGAGCGGCAAGGGCCACUGGAAGCCCGAGCUCGCCUCCGACGGCGAGGAGGCCAUCAAGGCGGACCGCUCCCCCAAGGAGGACUUUGCUCAGAUGCAGGAGCGGACCAAGAAGCAUGCCGAAGAGCAGACGGCCAAGGGUACCUCGACCAAGGAUCCUAUGUAA